UGGGCCUUCGGAUGAGAUGACACUUUAAUAGAAUACAUGGUAUUUUAUUCAGUUUAAUAUUAUACUAAAUGUUCUCCAGCGUUCCCAAAGUUGAGAGUUUAACCACUCUUCUGAGUUAAUCGUGCACUUGUUUAUGACAGGCGGUGUAUAACCUGCGCUCGAAUCUGCGAGUGCGAAUUAUAAGACUUCACAUUCAGCACUUGAGGCUCCGGCUGCAGCUCCAUGACAACGAGAUGUUAUGUUUAUGUCAGGUCUUUAUACGUGUCUGUCUCUGAUACCAGUGUGCCGUUUAAUUGUUUACAAAUAACAUAAUAUUAGAAGUUAAAUAUAAUAGUAUGUCCGUUUUCAAGUAAACGAAAAGAAGAAGUUAUCUGUCCGGUUUGAAAUCAGCUUGUUAGCGUCCUAGCUUUGCGUAGCUAGUGCGCGUCUUAUCCCAGUUUGUGGAGUAGUUAAAUAUAGGAAAUGUUAAAAGUUCUAAAAGUGAAAAUUCUUCUAAUUGGCCCAAGUGAGUGCGGGAAGACAGUAUUGGCCAAUUUUCUCUCUGAUACAGUGGAGACAAUCGGAGCCGAUUACAGUCCAACACAGGGAGUCAGGAUACUGGAGUUUGAGUCGCAAAAUCUGGGGAGUCGGACCAAAGACGGUGCAUGUGAAGUGGAGCUGUGGGAUUGUGCCGGAGAUUUCAAGUUUGAAACAUGCUGGCCAGCUUUACUGAAAGACUCCAACGGAGUGGUUAUUGUAUUUAAUCCUGACAUUCCAAGUCACCUAAAGGAAAUAGAGACAUGGUACUCGACAUUCAUCUCCUCUCAAAGCCUACAGGCAGGACAAUGUCUGCUCAUAGCACACCACAAGCCUGGUAGUGGAGCUGAUACGUCACGCCCUCAGCUCGCCCCUCAAUUGAACAAGCUGCCUCUCAUUCACUCCAACCUAGAGGAAGAGCCUGAAGGGGUGCGUCAGGAGUUUGGCACAUAUCUAGGAAACGUUGUGCAGAGCUUAUUGGAAAGUCGAGAGCGUGAGGAGAUGUCUAUUAUAGCAUAACCACCUUUUUUUUUUAAUAUUCUGACUGCAUUAUACACUGAUAACAUGAACUAAGGAUCAAUUCAUCCUGAUGUCUGUCUUCUACAUCUGUAGUGGGUUUUUUUUCCCAAUCUAAUUAGAAAAGAACAGCAAACCUACUGGCAUGUAGUGGAAGGGCACUUGUACAUGCAAAUAAAAUAUGCGAAUAUACAAAGUUGAUUCAUAACUAAAGACCAAGGACUUUUUUUAUUUGAGCUCAUGGUCUCAGCAUCAACAUACUUUUAAAUCAAAAUUAAUGUGCAAGGUAUCUGAACGAAAAGUGCACAUAUGGAACACAGUAUGUGAAGUUAUGUUCUAAUGGACCAAAUAAAAAUUUAUAUUACAAAA